AUGAUCGUCGAAUCCACCACUGAACCACAACAACCUCUUCCUACACCCGACCCUGCACCACAAGCCUCAUCUGCUCCGCUUGAUCCAGCUCUUGGUUCCGUUGCUGGCCCGACCCUCGGUCCUGUUGCUGGUCCAGCCGCUGGGCCCUCGCCUAUGCCAGAACCUCGUGCUCCCUCAAACUCGGCUGAAGACGAGGAAGCGUCUGCUCCGCCAUCACCCUACACGGCCAACCGUCUCAUGCUUCGGAACCUCACCAUGCCGCCCGUUCCCAACUUCCAGAUACCACCAUCACCACCUGGUUCACCGCCACCAGACACGACAACCAAAUUUGCAAGAUUUCUCGACCUGAAGAAGAAAGGGACCCAUUUUAACCAACGAUUAUACCACUCGUCGGCUUUGCGCAAUCCUGGUCUCUUGCCCAAACUACUCGACUUUGCUGGCGUCAGCCAAGAAGACCAGUAUGCGACCCCCUGGUCACAAGGAGCUGUUGCGACAAAAUUCCCCGAUUGGGCCUAUGCCGACAAGUUGGUCGCGGCGCAUGAGAAGAUUGCAAAGAAGAAGGAACAAGACAAGGGCAGGAAUCCAAGAGAAGCAGUCGAUUUCGUGCCAGCAAAACAGGAAGCCGCUGCUUCAGCGUCCGGAAGAGUGGAGAGAAAAACACAAGGCAGAAGAGGACUAGGCUUUGACGAGAGACGAAGGUCUCGUUCUCCUAGAUGA